AGAUCCAGAACACCAGGAACGCUCCCAGGCCACAGUAGUCGCACAGUUUCGCGACUACCAACCAGAAAAGUUUUCCGGCCAAGGAGAUCCUCGUAUAGUAGAUGAAUGGAUUCAGGGCCUCGAGAUGAUUUUCGAGGUCAAGGAUUGCCCUGAUCGUUAUCGCAUGUUAUGUGCCCAAAUUCAGUUGACCGGGGAUGCCCGACUCUGGUGGAAUGCCUAUUGGAGUAUGCGUCCCGGCGAGAAAGAAGGUUGUACGUGGGACCGAUUCAAGGAGUUAAUCCGAGAGAAGUAUUAUCCCUCGUAUUACCGAGCAGACAUGGAGCGCCAGUUUUUGGCACUCGUCCAGGGUACUCGUUCUGUUGACGAGUACGAAAGAGAGUUUACCCGUCUCGGAGCCUUUGUACCUGAUCUUGUGGAUACGGAGGCGAAGAGAGCCCAUCGUUUCACCGACGGACUUCGCCCAGCA